AUGGGCUCCCACCUCAAGCACAAGACGUUCAUCGGCGCCGUGGAGGACGAGUGGCAACUCUACAGCGAUAGUGCGGCCGACUACACCAUCGGCCCUCCCAUCGGCUUUGGCGCCUCCUCCAUCGUCUACGCCGCCACCUACCACCCGCUCGAGAUCCAGUGCGCUGUCAAGGUCCUCGACCUCGAUGCCCUCCCGCCCCACGCCCUCGGCCUCCUGCGGAGGGAGACCCGGCUGAUGUCGCUCUCCAAACACCCGAACGUGCUGCGUGUCCGUGGAAGCUGGAUGAACGGCCACAAGCUCUACAUCGCCCUGCGACUCAUGAAUGCCGGCAGCGCGGCGGAUGUCAUGAGGUACGCCUGGCCCGGCGGCAUGGAGGAGGAUGUCGUUGUCUGCAUCCUCAAGCAGGCACUCGAGGGUCUCAACUAUCUCCACGUGAACGGCUUCAUUCAUCGGGACGUCAAAGCCGCGAACCUUCUCAUCGACGACGACGGCACCGUCCUCCUGGGCGAUCUUGGCGUCGCCGCCGACCUAACAGAGCACGAAUCCUCAGGCACGUCCUGGAAAGGCGAGACGAGCGCCAAUCCCCGGCGACUUGUAAGCUUUGAUUCCGCCGCCCACGCCCACGCGCAUGCGCCCGUCAGGGAGCGCCCGCGGAUAGGCAAGCGCAAGUCCUUCGUCGGCACGCCGGCAUGGAUGGCGCCCGAAGUCAUCCGUGGUAAACAGUACGACGCCAGCGCUGACAUCUGGUCCUUCGGCAUCACCGCGAUCGAACUCGCCCAGGGUCGGGCGCCACGCUCGAGGGAAUCCUCGCAUCGGGUGCUUCUGCAAAUAGUGCAAGAUGCGCCUCCCACGUUCAAGCGCGAGGCCGGCCCGCACAAGUACUCGCGCGCGUUUCAGGAGAUGGUCGAAAGUUGCCUGAACAAGGACCCCGCCGCGCGUCCCACCGCCGCCGCGCUCCUGCAGCUUCCGCUCUUCAAGUCCGCCAAGCGCAAGUCGCACCUCGUCCACACCGUCCUCAAGGGCCUCCCCCCGCUCGCGCAGCGCCAGGAGCGCCGCAAGCUGCCCUCGGUGCACACGCGCACCUCAAUCGAUUCAUGGGACUUUUCGCUCUCGCCGACCACAUCCGUGUACGGACAUGGACAUGGACACAGCCAGCCGCCGACGGUGUCGUCCGCUCACCGCCAUCGGUUCUCGAUCCAGAGCCAAGAGGCGCUUUCCGUAACCCACGAGCGGGAGCGCAGCGCGGAGAAAGAGCGCGGGAGGAUGCCGCGGAGUGACUCGCGUGUCAGCAUCCCCAGUAUAAGUAGCGGAGUGGGGUUGCGGAGCGGCGCUACUAGCAGGUCCCACUCGCGCGCGGUGUCGUGGCACGAUACCGACGACGACCAGCCCCUCGCUGGCAGUGGCAUCCUCGCCGAGCCGAUCAAGGAGCUGGAUGUCGACCCACUGUCGUCGUCUCCAUCGAGUGCGGGCCCUGCUCCUGGACCUACGUCACCCGCGGACCGUCGGAUAGCCGAGCUUGUCCGGGGCGUCCAGGAGGAUGGAGUAGAUGUUGACGUCCACGAGGUGUCGCUCACGCACACGGCGUCCGUCGCUCCUGUCCCUAUACCGCUGCCCACUGCGGCCUCGCUGGUCCAUCUACCCUCCCCGCCGUCAUCCGACGUGCCAGGCUUGACUCCGGAGUCCGACACGCUCGGCGUGCCCUCCUCCCUCCCGCAGCUUUCUACGUCGCCAUCGACGCACUCGACGUCCUCGGGUUCCUCCAUCUCGCUUUCCAGUUCCAGAGCGCCCCCGGCCGUACACGCGCGCAAAGGCUCAUCCUCCUCCGCAUCGGGGAGCAAAUGGCGCAAAUUCAGUUUUGGUGCCGGUGCUGCCGGUGCCAAGCCCGGCGUUAUGUCCAGUCUGCUCAGGAAGACGGCAAGCGCGCGGGGGGCGGCGGCCAACGCCGUAGCGAAGGCGACCAAAUCGUGACAGUGUUCCCCAGCGGGCCAAGCUCAGCGGCUUUUCCUUCCGGCCCAGUGCGCCUUCGUCUCAGGCCCAGUGUGUCCGGCCCCGCGCGCCUCUGUAGAUAUGGCCCGGUGUGUCUUUUGGAUAAGCAGAUGGCAAUCGCCCCGACGGUGUUCGAUACCAGUGACGUCGCUUUGCGUACGAUCGCUUCAUCCGUUGCGCUCAGCGCAUCACCUUUGUAUCAUUAUGAUCAUAUGCAUUUAUUGGUCCUCCG